CAAUUUACAACGUCCAACGCUAGGGGCUGAAGUGCAGCUGAUUGUAUCAGCUCCCCGUCCCUUCCCUUGCCCUCCUUUCCCUUGCCUUCCCCUCCCUCUCCCCACCCUCUCCUCCCGCAGAGUCCAGGUUUGAAGGUAGUUGUUGACCAAACAACCAUGUUAACACAAGAGUGUUGACCCCGGGGUUUCAGUGCUGCCCUCUGUUGCUACACCAAUGCUUCUAGCUUCAGUCAUGGAGAUACACAGCCUGAAGUGGCUGCUCUUAGUAUGCCAAUGCUGUGCAGUGGUGUGCGGCCUCGAUGUCUACACUGCGGCCGUCUACGAACACAGAUCGAUGUUGAAUCCAAGACCGAAGAUCCGCCCCACACGUCAGGCGGCACUGAAGCACAUGAAGAAAAACCUGGACAUCUACCAAAUGCAAGUGUAUGAAGCGGGCAAGCAGGGAGCUAAGAUAAUUGUCUUUCCAGAGAGUGGUCUCUAUGGCUUUAAUUUCACCAGAGAUUCUAUUUUUCCAUAUUUGGAGCCAAUUCCAGAUCCUACAGUUGUUACAUGGAAUCCUUGUUUGCAUCCAAGGACAAUUAAUAACACAGAGGUUCUUUAUCAACUGAGCUGUAUGGCAAAGAAUGGCAAAAUGUACUUGAUAGCAAACAUGGGGGAAAGGCAGACCUGUGAGCACAGUGAUCCUUGGUGCCCCUCAGACGGAAGAUACCAGUUUAACACAGAUGUAAUUUUUGAUGCUGAAGGUUCUUUAAUUGCCAAAUAUCACAAACAGAACCUUUACUUUGAAGAUGCUUUCAACACACCCAAGACAGUGGAGCAUGUCAUCUUUAAUACUUCUUUUGCCGGAAGAUUUGGUGUUUUUACGUGUUUUGAUAUCUUGUUUUACGACCCAGCAGUGAGCUUAAUUGAGAAUUAUGGUGUGAAACAGAUCGUAUUCCCCACAGCCUGGAAUAACCAACUUCCACUCUUAUCCGCAGUUGAGUUGCAGCAAGCUUUCGCCACUGCAUUCAGUAUCAAUCUCCUUGCAGCUAAUCAGCAUCACACUGAACGGGACAUGACAGGAAGUGGGAUUUACACUCCUUCCCUUUCCCGCUAUUACUACGACAUGGAAAGCAGUGAAGGAAAGCUCCUAGUGGCGGAGGUUCCAAUAAUUACACACCACAAUGUCCACAGUCAGGAGCUGAAGAAGCUUUGGGUAACAUCAGAAUUUCCUGAACGGUACAUUUACAUUGAAGCUUCUGCUCCUCAGCUGCAGGAAAGGAGAGUAAAGGCAGAUCAGAGUCAGCCAUUGUCACGUGCUGUGGUGUCCCAAAUGGAUGGUCCUGGUGACAUCUUUCAUGCUCUGAUGAUGUACGAUAAUUAUACCUUUGUCCUUGUGACAGGCUUGGAAGGUAAUUUGCAAGUCUGUUCCAACACACUCUGUUGCCACCUGGCUUACCAACGUAGCCACAAGACCAGGGAUCUGUAUGCAUUUGGAGCCUUUGAUGGGCUUCACACAGUACACGGCACCUACUACCUCCAAGUGUGCGCUUUGGUGAAGUGUGCAGGCUCCAGCAUUGACACCUGUGGACAAAGUACUACAGCGGCCUCUGACAUCAUAGACUUCAAAUUGUGGGGAAAUUUCAGCACUCGCCAUAUCUAUACAGAGAUACUGGCUACUGAGGUGAAACUUUAUCAUGCAGAUACCACACAGUGGGUUAACAAUAAUUUUUACAUGACUAAGCAGGGGAUGUCAGAGGGACUUGUAACUGCAGCACUCUAUGGAAGAUGGUACAAAAGAGAUCAACUAGAUAAAAUGCAGAUUUUUUUCUGAUUGUGAAAGUUCUUAAGUAAAGCAUCAGUAUUGACAUACUGAUGAUUCACACACUUUGGUAGAAUUCUGGAUUUUGGCCAGUUACAGACUGAUAAUAUGUUAGCUGUUUUCUCCGAGAAGGCUCCUCUCGAAGAUGUAAGAAAAUAACAUUCUGAAUGGAUGUAUUUCAGAAGGCACGACCAUCAUGGAAGCCAAUCCUGGGUAUGGUUGGGACAACCUUUAGACCUUGCCUAUUUCACCAUUAACUACUGCAUCAAUCAGCGAGUGUCCCACUGCAGACAGAUAUCUGUAAACUACAACAGCCUUCUGCAACAGUCCAGAGUCCCAACAUGCCACUGAACUCACUCCUUAUCAGGCAGCUAAGUAAUUCUGUUGAAAACUCUUAAUACUGAAGUCUACCAAUCACCUGUCUCACCGCUCCCCUUCUCCUCUUUAUUCUGGCCAUCUCGCUUCUCCACUCUCAGACCUGAUGCAGGAUUUCGAAGUGAAAUGUUGACAAUUCCUUUCCCCCCACAGAUGCUGCUCGACCCACUGAGUUCCUCCAGCAGAUAGUUUGUUGAUCCAGGUUCCAGCAUCUGCAGUCUCUUGUGUCUCUUACUUUCAAUGUAGCAGUGUCUCUUGCUGGUUGAUGAUAAAAGUUUGGGCCUCCAGCUCCAUCCUAUCAACAGCCCAGGCUUUGGGGAAUCCAAUGAUGCAGAAGAUUCAGAAUACUGUCAUUCAGUUGCAGUUUUUAGGACAAGCUGAUGAUGAUGUUUUCCCGCUGUGCAAAACAUCUAUGAACAGCAGAUGCAUCUGUGCAUUGGUAAUGGGGGGGGGGGGGGG